AAGGUCAAGGUCAAGAUCUGUCUGAGAGAUGGGUGUAGUAGUUGGAGAGUCUCGCUUAAGCCCCCAAGCAGUUCCCUUGCAGCAGCAACAUGAAGGAAUGUUGAGGGCCUCCUCUAUCAUGAGUUCUAGGACGGCUCUCCGAGGGUAACUGAGGUAUCCAGCCCCUCAUUUCACAAAAGAGACUGAGACCCAGGGAGGCUGAGUGCUUUGCCCAUGAUUACACAGCUGGUAGUAGAUGGAAGUUAGUAAUUAAGGGGGAGCCUGAACUUCGCCUCCUGGCACGGAUUGUGGUGUUUUCCUCCAUGACUCCAGCCUGCCUGUGAAGGGGGUGAUGCUGUGCCCUGAAGCAGCAGGACAGAGAGAGUAAAGCAAGGCCAGCAGACGGAGGGUCAGCAUCUAGGCCUCAGAGUCACUCUACUUUCUGCCCAAUUCAGAGAGCACAAAUUGAAGUGAUCCCUUGCAAAAUCUGUGGGGACAAGUCGUCUGGGAUCCACUAUGGGGUUAUCACCUGUGAGGGGUGCAAGGGUUUCUUCCGCCGGAGCCAGCAGUGUAACGUGGCCUACUCCUGCACCCGUCAGCAGAACUGCCCCAUCGACCGCACCAGCCGGAACCGAUGCCAGCACUGCCGACUGCAGAAAUGCCUGGCACUGGGCAUGUCUCGAGAUGCUGUCAAGUUUGGCCGCAUGUCCAAGAAGCAAAGGGACAGCCUGCACGCCGAAGUGCAGAAACAAUUGCAGCAGCAGCAGCAGCAGCAGCAAUGGGAGCAAGUGGCCAAGACCCCUCCUGCAGGGGCCCAAGGAGCAGACACCCUCACCUACAGCUUGGGGCUCCCAGACGGGCAGCUGCCCCUGGGUUCCUCGCCUGACUUGCCCGAGGCCUCUGCCUGUCCCCCUGGUUUCCUGAAGGUUCCAGGCUCUGGGCCCUCCUACUCCAACAAUGUGGCCAAGGCAGGGCUCAACAGAGCCUCCUACCACCUUGAAUACAGCCCUGAACGGGGCAAGGCUGAAGGCAGAGAGAGCUUCUACAGUCCAGGCAGCCAGCUGACCCUUGAUAAAUGCGGACUUCAUUUUGAGGAACCCAGGCAUCCUGGGCUUGGGGAACCAGGACAGGGUCCGGACAGCUACUGCAGCCCCAGCUUCCGCAGCACCCCAGAGGUGCCUUAUGCCUCCCUGACGGAGAUUGAGCACCUGGUGCAGAACGUUUGUAAGUCCUACCGAGAGACAUGUCAGCUGCGGCUGGAGGACUUGCUACGGCAGCGCUCCAACCUCUUCUCCCGGGAGGAGGUGACCGGAUACCAGAGGAAGUCAAUGUGGGAGAUGUGGGAACGCUGCGCACAUCGCCUCACAGAGGCCAUUCAGUACGUGGUGGAGUUCGCUAAGAGGCUCUCGGGCUUUAUGGAGCUCUGCCAGAAUGACCAGAUCGUGCUACUCAAAGCAGGGGCAAUGGAAGUGGUGCUGGUCAGGAUGUGCCGGGCCUACAAUGCUGACAACCACACAGUCUUUUUUGAAGGCAAAUACGGUGGCAUGGAGCUGUUUCGAGCCUUGGGAUGCAGUGAGCUCAUCAGCUCCAUCUUUGACUUCUCCCACUCCUUAAGUGCCUUGCGCUUUUCUGAGGAUGAGAUCGCCCUCUACACAGCCCUUGUUCUCAUCAACGCCAACCGGCCAGGGCUCCAAGAUAAAAGGAAAGUAGAACAGCUGCAGUACAAUCUGGAGCUGGCAUUUCACCAUCAUCUCAGCAAGACUCAUCGCCAAGGCAUCCUGGCCAAGCUGCCGCCCAAGGGGAAGCUCCGGAGCCUGUGCAGCCAGCAUGUGGAAAAGCUGCAGACCUUCCAGCAUCUCCACCCCAUCGUGGUUCAAGCUGCUUUCCCCCCACUCUACAAGGAACUCUUCAGCACUGAAAUCGAUCCACCUGAGGGGAUUUCCAAGUGACCUAGACGAGGGAUUCCUUUGCCCUCCCUAGAGCCUGCUGGCCUACCUCCCUGGACUCUCUUCCACCCUCAGCCUUUUCCUUUCCCGUGUCCUCUGGAAGGUGAUCCCCACCUGUUCUUUGGGAGUGCUCAAGUGCUGAGACUGAUUUUCUGCCCGCAGACUUCCCUGGCAGAGGGACAAUAGUCAGAGGGUGGGGGCAGAGGAACACCUUCUCCAGCCCUCGGCUUUGUUGUGUCUCGUUUCCCACACCCCUUCACCGCCAGCUUCUGGGAGGCCUGGGGUGGGAUAUAAUGACCUCCAGGAGGACCAAGGUGUCCUCAGGACAUCAUGGAGAACCCAAGGUGCUCUGAAUGAAUGAAACUCAACUCUGGGCUCAGAAGCUAAGAAUAGGCCUUUGAAAUACCUCACUGCAUCUCCCCAUAGGCCUCGCCUGGGGGAGACAGAUCAAGCUCAGAGACUGGUGACUGGAGCCUGGAAGGAACUAUACAUAACAUGAAUCUGGAUCUUUA